AUUAAAAUUGUCAAAUAUUUUAAACAUUGUUUUUGUGUCAGCUUUUUUAGAAUUUAUAUUUUAAUUUAUAAUAUACAAUGGAAAAUACAAGACCCAGAGGACAUUUAUUACGCCCAAACACAAUAGCCAAUUCCAUUCGUGUGAAUCUCGCGAGUAAUUUAAAUUUAAAUGGAAUUGGAUCAGAUGCAACAUAUGCCAAUCGACGAGCAGCACUCUCACGUCGAAGUAAAUCAUUUGCUGAUUUUAAUCGAAGACCGCUAUUUACUGCCGCCCCAAGCUCAUUUCCAGCAAAUUCGGUAUUAAAUAAACCAAUUUCAACUAUAAAUAAUAAAAAACCCAUAAUUAAUCAAGUGCCCACAACGCGUCGGCCUCUGGCGCCUAGACAAUUGACUACGAUUACAACAAAACGGAAAGCCGAGCCUCCAGUAUCUUCUGUUUCAUCCUUGAAAUCAGCAAGGGUUCCUGCGAAACCAGCAAAUGUGAAACCUACAACCUCAGCUGCUCCGCCAACAAAAACAAUAGCAAAAAAACCUGCGCCUUACGAUUACAAAGCCAGAUUCCAGUUGUUGCAAGAAAAACAUCAAACUUUGAAAUCAGAUCAUAAAGAAAUUUCUGAUAAAUAUAAUAAGUUGAAUGAAGACAUGGCGAAAUAUAUGGAAGACAGCGAAAAAUUAAAAUUAAAAGAACAGGAAUGCCACUUAAAACAAACAGAAAUUGAUAAACUUAAACAGGAAUUAAAUGUUAAUAAGGACUCAUUUAAUCAGUGCCAAUCACAAUUACAUCAAAUACAAACUGAUUUUGAUAAACAAAAAUCGGUUUUAGAAGAAUGUCAACAGAAGUUUGCGGAAAUUAAUAAAACUUAUGAAAAUUUAAAAUCAAUUACCGAUCAAUUAAAGGAUGAAAAUUUACAGUUGAAGGCAGAAUUAACCGAAAAAGAGCAGAAUAUUGAUCAAUUAGUCAAUCAAGUAUUUGAUGCGGAUAACGAACGCCGUAGAUUGCAUAAUGUCAUACAAGAUUUAAAGGGCAAUAUCCGAGUUUUUUGCCGUGUGCGACCACAGCUUGAAGAUGAAGUUGGUAAACAUCUACUAGAAAUUUCAUAUCAAGAUGAAUGUACAAUCGAAGUUUCAAAUGGUGCAACGAUAACAGGGGGGCGGCGAGCCCCUAAACAAGAAUUCUCUUUUAAUCAUGUUUUUGGUGAAACAUCUACACAAGAACAAGUAUUUCUAGAACUAGGUCAAUUAGUACAAAGUGUUUUAGAUGGUUAUAAUGUAUGUGUAUUUGCAUAUGGACAAACUGGUUCUGGAAAAACAUUUACAAUGGAAGGUGGAUUUGAACAGGAUACGAUUGGUAUGAUACCACGUACAAUUGAUUUACUGUUUAAAACAAUUGAAGAACGUAAAAUACUAAAUUGGCAAUACGAAGUUCGAGCAUCAUUCUUGGAAAUAUACAAUGAGCAGAUAUACGAUUUAUUAAACAACGAUCAAUUGCCACACGAUAUACGAAUGACUGAUGCAAGGGGUGUUGAUGUAUAUGUAACAAAUUUACAAAUUGAAAUUAUCGAAAGCAGCGAUGAAUUGAAACAGCUAUUGUAUGUUGCGCAACGAAAUCGGGCUGUAGCUACUACAGUAAUGAAUGAGCGAUCUUCACGAUCGCAUGCAGUCACCAAAAUCGAAGUAAUUGGUACUAACACAACAUCAGACGAAACAUUUCACGCUAGUUUAAAUUUAGUCGAUUUAGCCGGUUCAGAGCGUGCUCGAGACUCCGAAAUGAUACGAUUAAACGAAACGAAAAACAUAAACAAAUCUUUAGCGAAUUUAAGUAACGUUAUUUUAGCAUUAUUACAGAAAAAAGAUCAUAUACCAUACAGAGAUUCAAAGCUCACACAUUUAUUAAUGCCAUCACUUGGUGGCAACUCAAAAACUUUAAUGUUUGUAAAUAUUUCACCGUUAACGGAAUGUUACAACGAGACAUUAAAUUCGUUAAGAUUUGCUGCUAAAGUAAAUAGUUGUAAAGUUGCAAAUGUUAGAAAAAAUAGAAUAAUGUAAUUUUAAAUUGAGUGUUUUUUAAUUGUGUUUAACUAGGUAGUGACGCAGGCAGGUAUAUAAUCAAAAUUGAAAAAUGAGAUCCCUACUGAUUGCAGGUCUGGAUUUAGGGACAUUUUGAACAUUAAAACUGAUUUGAAUCUGCCACUAGGAUUAAUUGCUUUUGAAAAGCCUAAUGUACCUUGUAAAUAAAUCUGGUGUAGU